AUGACUGCUGGAUCACAACAGUGGCGCCAGUUGAGUGUGGCUAUCAUUGGCGGUGGGAUUGGGGGCCUCGCUGCCGCAACAUCUCUUCGUCGGGCAGGUCACAGAGUAACAAUCUACGAACGAGGAGAUUACUCCGGCAGUUUAGGAGCUUCUAUUAGCUGCGGUGCAAAUGGAACUAAAUGGCUAAGCGAGUGGAAUGUGGAUAUCUCCCGCGGGAGACCAUGUAACAUUCGAAAGUUGAUUCAACAUGCUCUCAACAGCGGAGAAAUACAGGGUAUCUACGAUCUGUCGGAAUAUACGGGCAAAUGGGGCUAUGAAUACUAUAAUUUCUUCCGAGUUGAUAUGCAUGCAAUGCUGAUGGAAUCAGCCACUGGACCAGGAUUGGGCGAACCCGCUUUGUUGGAACGCUAUCACAGCUGUGAUUCAGUCGAUCAUGCAAGUGGAACGGUCAGUUUCCAAAACAAGGUGACUGUCAGGCAUGACCUGAUUAUUGGCGCCGAUGGCGUCGGGUCAUCCGUCCGCCGAGCACUUGGGAUAUAUCCUCAACGCAAACGAGCUACAUCUACUUGCUAUCAUUGCGUUGUCCAGACAGCCGAUAUCCGUAGGCUUGGGCUUGCAGACAUGUCCCAGAAUGAUGCCCUGGAGUACUGGGGCGGGCAGGGGCUGGAGAAGAUUGUCUUCGCUCCUUGCCGUGAAGGCGAAAUCCACUCCUUUUAUAUAUUUUUCCCUACUUCUCCGAAUGAAAAGGAUGAGGAGAUAGAGGAGGGUUGGGAUUUUGCUGGCGACAGCAGACAGCUGCUCGCACCGUUUCCCACACUCGAUCCUGCCUUGCAUGCGCUAUUUAGCCACGCUGAUCCAGUCGACGUUCGACCUUGGCGGCUCUUCGUUCAUGACCCCUACCCGUAUUGGAGCAGAGGUCGUGCCUGUAUUCUAGGAGAUGCUGCACAUCCUAUGCUUCCAGAUCAGAGCCAGGGUGCAUGUCAGGCAAUUGAGGAUGCCGCAGCUCUUGGCAUUAUCUUCGGACGGUCGUAUCUGUAUACGAAUGAUAUACAUUCCGGCUUGCGGCUCUACGAGAAAGUUCGCAAACCUCGGGCUAGCAAGGUGCAAGCAGCAAGCGCCCGAGCAAGAGAGAAUAUUUCAGAGAGAAUUGGCUUCUCUAGUCAAAAGGGUAGCAGAUGGUACGCAGUGGCCGACGAGGAUCAGAAACUGACUAUUGAGGAGAUUAACGAGUUCGUGUUUGCCUUACCUAAACUAAGGGAUCAUAGCUGA